AUGGUAAAGUGCGAGGACUGUUGCAGCGUAAUUGUCAUCGAUAUUGCCAACGCCAUUCUCAAGGACUUCGAAUGUUUGCGCGACUCAGAGUCGAAAUCCGGACAUGCCGGAUUCCAAACUGACGGUGUUUGCUCCAAACUGAUAUUUAUCACGCAGUGCAUUCGCGAGCUCGCCGUGGCUACCGGCAACCGACGACUGUUUAAUCUGUUGACUUCCUUGCGCGACCUGACGUAUCGCCCAGCCUGUGUGAAUGAAAUCGAUAAACCGGUCGGUUGGUUCAUGCAUCAUAAACAAAAAUUUCCUCGCUCAGGUCCUUUCGCCAAGCGAAAACAUACCGCCUGAUUAGCAGUUGUCGGCCUGAAAAGCGAACAGUUUUAAAUGUCUCCGGUCAUUUCGCUGUCAAACAGGCAGAGCAAGAGCGACGUUGGACGUACCGGCAUCAACCCAGUCAGUCCUCCGAUAUAGUUGUGAAUGCUAGGCUUUUUGUGCAGAUUAGAGCUGGAGGUUUUAGACAGCCGUUACCUGAAAACGACAGUAACUGAUUGCAGCAUUCCGACUUUCAGGUGAUGCUUCAGAUAAUGCGAAGACCAACGAUUGCAAAGAUGGGGACCUCUACUCUCAACCCUCUCCGGUGACAUAGGUAGAAGGCCGAAGAUCCAUUGACCCCCUUCAUGUCCUGACGAUCAGACUUUGAACUAGCUCCUUCACUGCCUCCAAUUAAGUGGCGGUAUCGAAUUCAGGACAGAGCAGCGAACGCAUUGAACAGACGACGAAGAACAUGCCCACUGAACAUCAGCCAUUGGUUUUAGAUUGGUUGGAAAUAUCUCCGCCAUGUUGACGUAGCAAGUGCAGAGAGGCAAUCUUGGGAACCUUUGUUUCCCGCUGCGGUAAUAAACCCAUGGACUGAUUUAGCAACGUGCUCUACCCCAGCUGGGCGUUAGCAGGGUAAUGUCGUCAUCCUAGGCAAGGUGAACUAGCCGGCGAACUAAUUUAAAUUUGGUAUCGUCAAAACCACGGGCGUCCUAGCGUGAAUCCAGAUAAUAACAUAACUAAAUAGGAUGGCGACAGGAUUCUACCUCAUUGGAUGACAGCCUAUUUUUCGGUCAGAGGAGAUUGUUGGAGACAGAAAAUCUGCAUAGCGAUGAAAAUAUAAUUGGUUUCGCAUACAGCGUCGGCAUGUGGCCUGUUUGAAUGUUAUGUCGAAUCAGUGUAUGCUGACUUAUUGAACGCGAUAGGCGCUUGGUAUCUUUCCACGGCACACGGUCUUGCUGGCGUGGGACAUAAAAACACCCUAUCCUUCGCUUCAACCUCAGAGAGUCCAACAGCCAGAUCAUAAAUGAACAACUGCAGAGCGAAUACGGUGAGAUAAAAAAUGCUGAGACUAUUUGCCCAUCUUUCCCAGCUACUCAAGUUCUGUUUCAGGUGUAUUUUACGUUAGGCCUAACGACCUGCGUGCGAUUAAAGGAUACUCGCCUAGAAUAGAUGACCUCUGGAAUUGUCCUUUAUGUUAUCCGUGUGAAAGUAGAACAUAUUUUACAACCUAAAGACCAAAGUGUCGGAUUUGGCUCAGUGAACACUCAUGCCCUCAUCCAACAGAGGGUGAGAUUGUGGAGCCGACGAAUGUAAGAAUUCAGUCAAUCCCAAGUCUUCUGUCAUCACAUUGAUUGUCCGCUCUGCGAAACGCGGCUGUGUUCAACCCUUCUCCAAAGGAUCUGAGACGAACAAAACUGCUAUAACUCACAAUAUUUUCGAAUUUUUAUCGCAACGAACGUAAAGUCAUCGCUUCAGAAUAACUGAAUGACCAACAUCGUAGUUUAUCUCGCGUUAUGAACGUCUCGAAAACCAAUUUUCCUCAACUACUACCUUUUGGUAGCAGCAUGCAAUUCUAAAGUUGCUUAGCAAAAGUGAGGAAGUAGCACGUGAUGUCAGUCGAAUGUGGCGCUACUAAUGCGAAGUGAUCUACGUCGGAGAGACCAAUCAUGGACCGCGAAUAUCCAUGGAGAAACAGACCGGUCAUAGGAGAGGAUGCAGGGACACCAAGCAAAGCCUGAGUAAACCUUGUUUUAGAGGAAUUCGAGAUCUUAUGUCUUCGAAAUGACUACAUUUCCAACAAGAAGCUCGAUGUCCGACGUGCCAGUUAGACAUGAAACUUCUCUCCGACCAGCUUGAGAAGUGUUACUAUGUCAUCCAAAUAAAUCGCCCAAAUAAAAGUCUAAAUGAAAAGGCACUGGGGACCCAGGCACAACAUGCGCUACUAGAAUCCGUUAAGAUACCUUUAAAUAUUUUAAUGUAAAUGAAAGCUGUCAGAACCAUCCUCGGCGAUCAGAACGAGUUCCAAACAGUAAGGUAUGUUGUCAGUGAAUUAUCUUUAACUAGGUUCCAUUGUAGUAUUUUUUGCGAGACGGAAUCCAAUGGGCUAAUAUAUCAGACGAAGUGACGUUAAACUAGCCAACAACGGGAGACGGGGUUGGGGUAUUCUUGUACCAUAAAAUUUCUGAAGUCCUACAUAAGAUAGCCGAAUACGAUCUUACAAUUUCUCAAGCGACGAUUGUUACAGGCGAUACGCUGAUAAAUGAUAAGCAAACUGGAUAGCUCGUUUGCAAGCGAACCCAGGUAUCGAAAUGCGGAAUGUACGAACACUUUUUAAACUCCGUACACAAAGUCUGACAAGGCGCAAUCUUUACCAAAUACAGCCUGCAUUAUCGUCCCUGGCUUAUGUUCGAAUUCCAAACUCUGAUUGCCUGACUCCAGAAAUGACGAUUCCGGUGUUUUUCAACAGCUGGUCGCCAGCCCAUCCCGCCUUAGGUGGGGCGUUAUUAGCGGCAACUAUAAUGUUUGGAUGAGACAAUGUGAACACUUGAACAGCCACAUAAUUGGCCGUUUUGGUUUGAGUUUUCCGUGCGACAAUGGCAAGACUGCUGAGUCACCGACCGGAAGCGUUUCUUGGUUACCAACAUUGCUGCAAACAUCUACUGGCCCGGCUUGACAGGUAACCAGGCUGACUGCAUUCAAGUCGGAUUAAGGUCUCUUCACUGGAAGAGAUCGCCCAUACGGUACUGAAUCCCUAUUAUCCAAAAAGCGACCGAGUGGUAGUGGGCCACUGCAGAAGUUUAUAAUCGUGUUCUGCCACCUGGCUCCAUGAGGUGAAUGCCUGCGCGUUGGAAAAUGGCAGGAUAGCUGGUGGCUCGGGGCUUGGCCAUCUCUAUUCCCGUCUUGAAGAAAGGAAAUAACAAAUACUAGCACUACUGUGACGCGAGUCUCCCCCCUACAUUGACCUUUACUAUUUUCAAUCUCAAAUAGUUCCAGGUGUUUGCUAUACAGGAAGACAAGGAAGCGGCGUGCAACCCCACUCAGGGAACAAAUACCAGGUCAUCGUGUCAUAUCGCCUGUUCACAUUUUUUAUAACUGAAGCUUCCGCGCUCUCGUAGUUAGAUGGAAUGUAAUCUACUACGGUUGAAUUUAGUUAUGUAGCCCCAUCUGAAGAAAACAAACCUCAGUCACCUCUAAUACGGGGCCGGUGGUAAUAGGGGGUUUUUACAGGUGGGGUCGGGGAACGCACAUGCGACGAGGUAGAGUAGUUGUAUGUAAAAGAAAAGCUAUUAGGAAUGCGCGGUUGUACUUUGAAUGGUUGAGAAAUAGUUGCGCUAACCCCUAACCUCAAAUCCUAGCCCUUAAACAUAACCCUUAACCCCAGCAGUAUUGUGUUCAUCAGGUGGGGCCACCAAACCACAUGCCACUACUUCUUUUGUGAAAACAAAGCGGAACUGCGAAAAAAAUGCUCAACUGUUAUUUGCACUGUCAGAUAGUUUCAUACCCUCAUCCUUCCUCGGGGAUCGGGUUCCUGAUACGUGCGCUCUUUUGCAAGUAGCUUUAGAGAAAUUUAGCACGAGGACGCAAUAUUCCACCUCAAAAUUUAUCCGAAUGUCUAGGUACUAUCACGCUCUCUCUUUCGCCCUUUAGCCUCACUUAUAAAACCCGUAGUACACGAUGACCUGGGGUCGUAUACUGCGUCCUUUCCUGCAGGAGAUCCAGCCAAUCCGGUCCUGAGUUAGACGCAGACACACCACAGCAGCCUAGGUUAUGAGUAUGAGCCCCGACAAAACUCCAGGUCUGGAAGACCUGAGGCGUGAACCUGGGUUCAGCUGGUCAUUGCGCCAGACGCUAUGCUACUUUGGGGAUAAUUUCACACUGCCAUUACGACCAGCCUACAGGCCAAAAUACGCGUGAUACUCCAUACCUUUGAUUUCCAGUCUAGCACCCUCAUGCGCGGUCGCACAAUCAAAAUUUCUAUCAUACUCGGCAACUGGGCAGAGAAAAGUCAGCUAGUUAAUCCUAAGAGUUCACAUCAAGAAUAUUCGGAAAAAACCCUUGUGAUUACGAUGGCAAAUCAUAACCCCUAUGGCAGUAUGCAGAUGACUAGUUGGUGAGCCUACGUUUGCUUUCGAUAGAUUCUCGACAGGCCAGUACAUCUACAUUGGAAUGGGGUCAGGUAAAACAUGUCAGCGAUUAGAGAAAUCGACUGAUGUUCGUCUUAAAACACAGGCGGCGUGCGAGAAAGCGUACGGGGAGAGGUGAUAAGAGUCACUGCCAGAGACGGGAUCAGAGCGGAAAGGCAUGGAGAGUUGCAAAUAAUGGGUCGGCCUUUGACUAAGAUUCUACCACACAAAACCAGCCUUCGUACUCUGAAAGAGGCCUCUUCUGCUGUUGCUAACAGACGCUAGCCCAAUAGUUUGGGGUAACUUAACCCCGUCCCCAUAGCCCGUCCCCACUGGCCUGGCGAGAAUUUAUCGAAAUCUCGAUAACUAGACUUCCAAAAUUAUAAAUCGUUCUCAGCGCAUAAUCGCUUUCCUGCAUUUAUUUUCUAACUUCUUAAGAAACACAGGAUGACGGCGAGUGACAGUCUGUCAAAAAGAGAUCAAAUGAUCGACACUUUUUGAUUAGUAGAUGGGAUAUGCGAUAUCCAACAUAAUGCCAGAGCACGCCUGAGCGAUUAUAUUUCUGGUGACCAACCACUCAGUAAAUAAGAUUAUCGAAGACUGUAUUGUGCUGGAAACAAAUUGGUAACCACCAAACUCUGUUUUCCAGGCGCCCCCAAUUAACUCAAUGCUGAAGGUGCCUUUCCAUGCCGUGUAUACAACGGCCGUAGUAUCUAACACCACUCGGGAUAAAUUUUUCUAGCCUUGUCAGUUUGGAUACUUCUAGUAGUUCAGAGGUCUGCCUUUUGGUAAGCUUUUUAAAAACCCUUCGUAUCUAAUUUUAAAAUGAGGGAAAGUAAGUUCCUUUUCCUUUCUUUUCGAUGACAGAUCGUCUUUUUGCAAUGGCCCGAAAGGUUUCGGUUUCCAAGCUCAAACGCGUAACUCUCGGGAUGACUGACCGUCUCUUUUGCCUAGAUUCUUCAGGAGCUGCUGAUUCUCUUCUCUCGACUUCACUCUGGAAAUGGGGAACCGGUAUCUUCCAAACCUUUAACUGACAGCUUCGGUUGGAAUGGUGAAGAAGUACGUUUUACAAAUUUUCACGUUUCUCUAAAACACACAGGUUUUUGUACACCAAGACGUUCAGGAAUUGAACCGUCUGCUGUUUGAACAAAUAGAAAUAGCUCUCAAAAACACCGGUCAAGAGAACCUCAUCAACGAUCUCUAUCAUGGAGUUUUGCGGACCAGAGUUUAUAAUCGUUUACCUUUGGAUUAUCAUAACUUUCACUUUUCUUUAGGUCAAGUGUCUGGUCUGCGGUCGCGUCAGUGAACGAAAUGUAGGUGGGUUAGCCUCAGGCCCUGUUUCACUAACGCACAAACUUGACUUUCAAACAGGAUGACUUUCUGGACGUGAAUCUGUCAGUGAGCGACUGGGACUCGGUAGAAGAUUCAUUAAGAGCGCACACACAGACGGAGAGAUUGUGUGGUGAUAACCAAUACUUCUGCGAGAGGUGUCAGUGCAGAGUCGACGCAUCAAAGGUGAGUUUUAACACCUACUUUGCAUUAGUAUGUACACAAAGCUCUCAUUUGCUUUGGGUGAUGAGAACUCAAUAAGUGCAGAGUCUCGGUCAUUUUAUUCGGUGCUAUUUCUGCCUCAAAGAUCCAACUGAUCCUCACGCCUCUGGCUAAACUAUGUUCAGUCACUUUUUUGCUUAAAACCCACAGCAUUCUGGAUAAGAAUAGGUAUUCCUAUAUAAAUGUACUUGAAAAAAUUCUCGUAGUUCUCUCUGUCUCUCUCGAUCGUAAUAAUAUCUGGAACUUAUUUUUUGACUAGUUGUCACCCUAUGAUUCUAAAUAGCUACUGAAGUUUGAAAAUUCGAACGAUUUUCUCUAUUGAAUCAGUUCAGUUCUUUCCUUGAACACCGACAUUGGAUAGUUGAAGUAAAUCUGACUCCAUAAAAGCUGAAAUACAUCUGAAAGAGCUAGGUACCUUAGAAAUGCAUAUUUUCAUCCCAUAAAAAUGCUUGCAGCCUUUUUCUGCGCUUUUGCGGUAGAGGCUGGCAAUCGUGUCUUUUAGGGAACAAAGCUGUGUCUGGUACUUAUAAAUUAACCACAAGAGGUCUUAGGUCUGCGAAGGCAUUCCUUGAAACCAUGAAACAAGUUGACGUACAGGCACGGACCCGUCCAUUAGCCGGGUUAACUUGAAUGCUCUCGUAACAACAGAUCGAUAAGGGAACAACCUCUACAACCAAACGCAUGCACUUUAGUGUCGGCAGUAAGUAGUUUAACCGACCGAAACAGAACAGGAUGCACAGACGACAAUGACGUAGAGGCCAGACGCAGUGGCACGACAAAGUUAACGUAACCUGUCGGUCGACUAAGCGUUAUUACUGAAAGCGUAAGAAGCGUAAGGCAAUCAACUCGGCACUAAUUUUUAUGGAAAAUAUGAACAUUUCGAAACCGCGAGGGACAAGUGUAUGGUUUAUGCUCGGGGUUACUUACUCCGCGAAGCAAUUAUGCCAAAAGAAAAUAAGUAGUGUUAUUUAUUUGUACGUGCCAGAGAAGGAAAUAAAAAGACCUCACGGUGGCUGUUGCGAAAGGGUCGUCGAAAUGCUUCAAGGUAGUCAUUGGGGUAAAAAGGACAACAAUGGAAUACCUUUUUGACAAUGCCUCAAAAGGACAUUACAUUUAUCUACUACUAUCAGUAAAUGAUGAAAAUAGCGUCCGCUUUUAAUUGGUGACAAUAAGAAGGAUAAAAAUUUGUGAUGCUCAUUCGCUCAAUACGAACACUCCCUACAGUAAGUAACCCCGGCCAUAAAACAUACUUUUGUCCCGCGACGUGCAUGUUGUACUGGGUAACGCGUAAAGUCUCAAACACAGAGUCCUACGGCCAGGUCUUCAGUGCAGUACUGUAGGGCUCUGCUGUGAGAGUAACCCAAGCAUAUACUUCCACACAACACACUGCUGACUUCCAGGCUGUAGUACACCUAAAAGGUAGACGAUUUCAAUGUCAGUGGAAACACCCUGACCCCAGGUAUUUCUGUCAUCAGAAAUUAUUUAGACAGUCUCUAUUCUGGCCAGAAUAUUAGGCAGCCGCAAACGCAUCCCUCAAACUACGGAAUGUGGAAUUUACACUUCAAAGUACUCAUUAAAAGUCUACUUUAACUGAUCUUCAGAAUGUCUCCCAUGACUUUUAUUACAGGUGGUUUCACGCUAAAUUUCAGGAGGGGGGGGGGUAGCGUUAGCGUCAGGGCUAGGGCUAAAGUUAGGACGCGGGAAUGGAUAGCGCCCUGAAAUUUGGCGUAAAGCCACCUGUCGUAGAUGGUGGAUGCUUAUACUCAUGUCUAUCCGAGGAAAUCAAGUGGGGUGAGACUACGAGACCAAGGCGGUUACCGCAUGUGCCCUUCUCUGCCAAUCCAUAGGUCGUUGAAGACCUCGUUUAGUUAACAACGUACUCCACGACCAUAAGUUGGAGCAGUCCCAUCCUGUUGGAACAAAAUGUGGUCACCAGGCCUCUGGUUGCUCUGUUUUGCCUCUAAAACGAGUCACGCGAUUGAUCUGCUGGACAACACGGAGGCCAGAUCUGAGUCCAGCGGGUGUUAUCCGGGAUGCGCAACCAUAACAAAUGCUAGCAUUGGGUGGUGGUGACACGCUCCUGUACAGGCUAACACCGCUCCACUUGGAGUCCGUGCCACCUGCUUAUUUUUGUUGUGGUACAAAAUCCUGGUCGGUGUCCGUUGUGGACCGAGGAGUGUGGUGGCACGUCUAGGCGCGGGUUUUUGCCGUGGCAUCCACCUGCGUCAUCUCCCACCUCCGGUCUUCUUGACUCUGUCUGGACACCGGAUCCAGGUGGGGGUGGGGUGGGGGGUGGGGGGGAAGAGGAGGUAGUUCGGUAGAUGCUUCGUAAAUCUACUACAAUUGUGAACUAAUUCACAGGCAAGUCACUGUCCCUGCUCUCACCCUGCUGUGGGACACACGGUAGAAAUCGUCGGCAACGACGAUUGGACUGUCGGUUGCGCUGCUGUUAUCUCCAGAGUGUUGUUGCACGUUUCCGUUUUGACCCGCUAAGCUACUGUUGCAGCUAAUCAAGACACUAACAACUGACUGAGUAUACGAGCUUGAUGCAGAGAAAUGCCCUCUUCUCAAUCCACCCCAUAGUAUUUUCAUAAAAGAGGAAAGGUCGCAGAAGAAUAGUAGUUGGGCGGGUAAUGAAGUCAAGAUUUAGUGUUUCUAUGGAGGUGACAGAGGCGGCAAUUGUUAAGCAUUAUGACUGAUAUAUGUCACUAGCGCCUGGUUAGCAGGCCUUGAACCACUAAAGGAACAGUCUGUGAGAGUAAGAAUACAUGUCCAGGUUGACCGCUUACCGGGUGUCAGUAAGGUGUCUUCUCCAAAUAAGAGCUGAGACAUGUACGACAUCGAAACGCAUUUAUGAAUAGAAUAGGUAAUAAUGGUUGUUUAAUUCCUUCUAAAAUGCGGAACAUCAGUUCCAGAACGCAGAAAAGUCGGACAAUCGCAACUUGAUUGUCUGAUCAAGGGAUGAAAUAACCGAAGCUAUGAACUUUGAGGAGGUGGUGGGAUACUGCCAGAGAAGGGCACUGCUAUCUAGCGUAGCAAAAUACCAAUUCGUUGGGCUGCUUACCGACAGAUAUGUAUUCCGGCGCGGGCAAUAUCGAAGGAGGAAAGCUCUGAGGGGCCCGGUGUCGGGCCAAAUAAUAUGGGCCCACUGAGACGGGAUUCAAUAUCGUCUGUGGGUUGGGCUAGAGAGCGAUGGUUUGAAGCAAGCGCGCGGAUGCAUAUCCGGUGCAACAGCUUCCCGAAUAGGGAUCCUGAAUGCCUCCUUGAAUUUAAUUUGACGAUAAUUUGUAGGUGAAUUUUUGUAAGUACACUCGACGGAAUUUAACUACCUUAUUACAAGUUAUCAGAGGGACAACACACAAGUACACAUGAAAAAGUAUGUAAGCUUGGCGUACGCAUUUUACAACAGAAACCAUUCGGAUAUAUCAUGGAAGUUGGGUGUUUACGUUCUCACCGAGUCAAAGUAAACCCAAAACGCAGUCAACGACCCUUGCAGCAGACGUUGUAUAGUGAAUACCGACAUGACACAAGGAGGUUAACCUAGUCAUUUCGAAGAAGUAAGUAAUUUAUAGCGUACAAACCCCGACACUAGACAUCGUUUGGAGAUGUCGUGGAUGCUGAGCGGUUGGGCUCUAACUGAGGCAAAGUAAGCCAAAGCGUAGCCGCCAAUCCUUACAGCGCGUGUUAUAUGGUGCGUAUUGCCACGACACAAGAAUGCAUAGCCCCCCGAAACGGGCUGUAGGGAAGGCUGCCUCAUGUCAGAUAAUGUAUCAUUUAAAAAGUAUCAUGCUGGAAUGACUCGGUUUACGUGGAUAGAUCAGCGGGCUAGGCAAAACUCAAAGGGCAACUUCCUCUGGCUGUGAGUUAAAGAACCAAACAAGGCUAAUAAGACAAAUACAGUAGUUAAUUAUACAUAUUAAACGGGGUUGCACAAGCUAUCCCUACCGAAGAGGUAAAUCUUCCUCAAUCGUUUGCAUCCCGGGUCUACGCAGGCCAUCAACAGCUCUCUUUUUAUGUACCACUAUAGAUAUAAACUGUUACACAGCACUUUAGAGAAAACAAAGAACAGACCCGCAUUGCCCCGGUAUACUAAGAAUGGAUAAAAUUAUGUCUUUGACUUAGGGACAUCUUGCUGAAAUUUAGCAUACUGCUCGGUGUAUGCUUUAUUUCCUCCAUUGCACACCCAUAAACGAUACUGAAUUACUGACUUCGACAUUCUUUAUGAAAUUUCCAGGUGGUUAUCUCUUAUUCGGAUAUCGAAUGGCCACUUAAAGCCAGCGAUGCAGUGUAAACUGACCAAAGUCUCGCCGGAAAUCUAAUUUGUUAACACAGUCUUUUGCAUGCCAUCUCGACUUCCGUGAAAUCGAUCGUAGCACCUGACCUUCGCUCCCCUCUCACCCUCUCACGUAAAUCCUAAACCCUGGACUCUGUUAAGGUUUCAACCACUACCCUCUGCCUUCGAAAUUUCGCGUCUUAUCAGGCAGCCGAAUAAUUUGACUGUGUAAAUGCAUUUGCCCACAAUAAGGCGUUAUUUGCCAUGCUGCGGUUCCUAUGGUUUACUUUUUACACCUUCCACCCAUCGCCUGUGAUCACACUGCGACUGCACAGUUAUUUUUCUGAAAUUUAAGACUUGAUAGGAAUGUUAGCCGGUAAAUUUUACUAGGGUUAUUGAAGAUCCUGCGGAAGUUGGACAUUUGGUGGGUUAUUUCCUGCUUUUGCCACUAGUUCAGUCGGUUUACGGACCUGCCGCCAAUUUUGACUCUCUCGCUCUCACGUUUCUACUUCGACUCUAAAUUGAUGGAGGCGCGUAAACUCGACAAACUCUGCAGCUUUCCACUGCAGCUUGAUAUGGCUGAUUUCGUCGCGGAGAAUUAUUCAAAGGUAUUUGCUUGUUAAUUAGAUCACGGUAUGUUUUCAAAUACCAGGUGUGUUUCGACACAGGAAAACAUUUCCGGCAAUUAACCAUAGCUCUUAUCGUCCAGUUUUUUGUUCAUUUUCUGAACAAAUAAAUCUCAGUGCCAGCUUUAAUCGGAAUGGUGCCACACAUAGCAUUAUUAUCAGGCAGAGUACAUGUAUUGGCAGCAAAGUGGUUUUACUGUGGGUGAUGGUGUAACUUGGCAAGUUUGAUGCAACCAUUAUUAACAAGUAAUUGCUACAGUAGUAUGUAUGUUAUACUUAGUCUUAUGACUAAACCGUUGAAAAAAUAUUAUAAAGGGUAAUAAUAGUACUUUGGAUAGUGUAGACGCUCCAAGAACUAAUUAUACAGACAUUAAAAGGGACCGUGUUGCCGGUAUUAUUUGUAUAAGUUGCAUUGAUAGCAAGUUGUUCAUGUUAAUUUAUUUGGCAUUGUUAACAUCAAUAGUAGUAGCGGUGGUAGUAGUAGUAGUAGUAGUAGUAGUAGUAGUAGUAAUAGUAAUAGUAGUAGUAGUAGUAGUAGUAGUAGUAGUAGUAGUAGUAGUAGUAGUAGUAGUAGUAGUGAAGCAGAAUCACAACCUGUGUUGGUCGCAACGAUAUGUUUGUGGCAGUGUAAAAGCAAUGGACGUAUUAUUUUGCCAGUCGCAGAGGCAAAUGCAAUUUACACUUGGUGAUUGUGUACAUGGUUAGAAGUUUCAAUUGCAUUCUAGGAAGUGUUGUACGAGUUGUUCUCCGUGGUCAUUCACGUUGGGAACACCGCAUGCGGUGGUCAUUACCACGCCUACAUAAAAGACCCCUAUGGCGUAAUUAACGAUGGCGUCCAAUCCAGUAAGGUGAGUCUGUCCUACUGACGUCUUUUAAACAUUCUUUCCACCUCUGUAGGUCUGCUUUUUAUAACUUACCAUAAAAAGAAACCCUUGUCUCCUAAACUACCAUACAUCCCCGUUUCUCUACGAAAUUCAAGGACAUUUCGGAGUUGCGGGUGUGAUUUGUGGUAGGAAGUGCCAAAUAGGUUUUAUGCUUUGCAGGCUGACGACAGCAACCACUCCUAAUGGGUUUGACUUUCCAAUGGAAUUGGCAUGCGAAGAUACACGAAAAUCGUGUUUAGAUGGUUCUACGAUAAACAAUAUUAUUGGUCAUUCUGAUGUCCGAAAUUAUGGGGAAGCAAUUUGCAAGGAAAUAAAAAUAUUUUAACAGAAUCAUUCUUAGCCGUUUAACACACUCCCCUCUGAAUCACUGUAAUCCAUCCACGUUUUGAAUCGUCCCUUGACACUAAUGGAAGAAAAGAGGACUGCCGUCAAUAACAUUUUUUGAGGUUAUUCGAGGCACAAGUGAGACUUUGGUGAGCCCAGUGGAACGCAUAUAGCCCAUGAAACCGCAGCAGUUAGGAACUUCGACGCGGAUCACCAAGCCAUCGUAUCCAGUAUGACCGUCUGCAACGAAUGCUGGGGCGACUAAUUAUGAUAGGUGUGUGGUGGCGUAGCGACUGAGACCUAUAAAUCCUAAGAGCCUUGUCAGCCUACUAUCCUUAUCUGUUGCUAUUGCUGAUGGGGGAUUCCGGUAUGACUCUGUGACGUUAGGCCAAUAAAAGGUUUGUUC